AUGGCCGCAACAGACCCCAUCCUGCCCAAGGACGGCGAGCGGAAUAUCCUGAUCACGUCCGCCUUGCCCUAUGUCAAUAAUGUGCCGCACCUGGGCAAUGUCAUCGGCUCUGUGCUGAGUGCGGAUGUGUUUUCGCGCUACCACAAGGCCUGCGGUCGACGAACCCUGUACAUCUGCGGUACGGACGAAUACGGCACCGCGACAGAAACCAAGGCGCUCGAGGAAAAGGUGUCGCCGGAGGAGCUCUGCGCCAAGUACAAUGCCAUUCACCAGGAAGUGUACAAAUUCUUCGACAUUGGCUUCGACUACUUCGGUCGCACUCCGACACAGCAGCACACGGAGAUCACGCAGAGCAUCUUCAUGCGCCUAUACGAGAACGGGUGUCUAGCCGAGCAGACCUCCGAACAACCCUUUUGCGAACAGCACGGCUCGUUCCUAGCAGACCGCUACGUCGAAGGAGAAUGUCCCCGGUGCCACUACGACGACGCACGUGGUGAUCAAUGCGACAAAUGUGGCAAUCUCAUCGAUCCUUUUGAUCUGAUCAAGCCCCGCUGCAAACUCGACGGGGCAGCCCCGGUUCGCCGUGAGACGAAACACGUCUACCUGCUGCUUGAUAAGCUACAGCCGGAGAUCGAGAAGUGGGUGCACUCUGCCAUCGAAAAGGGUGCUUGGCCGAAGAACUCGCGCGUCAUCACCGAGUCCUGGCUCAAGGAGGGGCUGAAGCCCCGUGGGAUCACAAGAGAUCUGAAGUGGGGCGUGCCUGUCCCGCUGAAGGGCUAUGAAACUGGCAAGACGAUCUAUGUCUGGUUCGAGGCUUGUAUUGGCUAUCCGUCUAUCACAGCCAACUACACAAAGGAUUGGGAGCAGUGGUGGCGUAACCCAGAAAACGUGCAACUGUACCAGUUCCUUGGCAAGGAUAACGUGCCAUUUCACUCCGUCAUCUUCCCCGCUAGUCAGCUCGGAACUAAGGACAAGUGGACCAUGCUGCAUCAUCUGAGCGCCACGGAAUAUCUGAAUUACGAAGGCGGGAAAUUUAGCAAGUCCCGCGGUGUUGGUGUAUUUGGCACUACUGCGAAGCAGACCGGUGUGCCCCCGGACGUGUGGCGGUACUAUUUGCUGAAGAACCGGCCCGAGACUGGCGAUACGCAAUUUGAGUGGCGUUCGUUUGUGGAAGCCAACAACAGCGAGCUGUUGGCCAAGUACGGCAACCUGGUAAACCGGGUGGUGAAGAUUGUGGCUGCCAAGUACGAUUCGGUCAUCCCCGAAUUUGCAGUGCCCAAUACCGAGAUCUUCAAUGACUUCCUCAAGGAAGUGACGGAUUUGAUCCGCCAAUAUAUUGGUGAGAUGGAAAGCGUGCACCUGCGCGCCGGUGUGCACACGGCUAUGAAGAUCGCCGAAGCCGGCAAUGGUCUGAUCCAAGCCAAUCGGCUCGACAAUGCUUUGAUUGCCAACGAGCCCGAGAAGGCCGCCGCUGUGGUGGGCACCGUCCUAAAUCUGAUCUAUUUGUUGUCUAGCGUCUUUGCGCCGUACAUGCCUGCAUCAUCCAAGUCGAUUUUGGAGCAAUUAGAUGCACCAUUCCUACUAAUCCCUAGUCUGGAGAGCAUCAAGGAUGGAUGGAAGCCAACGGCGCUCAAGCCCGGUCACAAGAUCGGCAAGGCGCAGUACCUGUUCUCGCGGAUCGAUCCGAAGAAGGCGGAUGAGUGGCGCGACAUGUUCGGUGGCUCUCAGGCGGAUCGAAAGAAGAAGGACGAGGAAGCCGCCAAACUAGCAGCUAAGAAAGCAGCUAGCAAGGCAAAGAAGAAGGAGAAGAAGGAGAAAGCCAAGGGCCCGGCUCCUCCUUCCGGUGGCGUCGAGGCAUCCGCGAAGGGUGGUGCCGGUGCGAACCGUCCUACUGUCGCGACGGAGGGCAACGACGACGAAGCGGUCGACAAGAUCGCCGAUGGCGUGUCUCAGGUGACGCUGCCGACGUCGUAG